CCAACAUCAUCUUUUUUAAUUCUCUCCUUCUGACCGAUUCAAUAGAUGUUCCUCUCUCUUCCCGGGACAGGGACCAAACUAUCUCCCUCCUAGAUCUGGACGCAGACAAAAUUUCCAUGUUCUCUCUCUCUCUCUCUGUGCUUGCUUGUUUUCUCCGUUCUCGUUCACAUCGUUUGCCUCCGAAUUUGAGCAGAGAUCCAUCUAAUCUGUGAUCACCAUAUAUACUGAAGCGAUCCCACGCUUUCCCUUUUUCUUUUUCUUUUUUGGGUAUUCUUUGUCCCUCUCUCCGAUUCCUGCUCUUCGAUAUUUUCGUGUUCCGCGACGCAAAGAUCCUUCCUUUGCUGGAAAUUACGACGACCCAGAAGCUCCUUCCUUCGGUUUGGCCUUAAAGCUUGUCGCUUUCUUGUCGAUGGUUUCCGAUACGGAGUCGUGAAAUCCCGGAGGUUGUUGGAGUGGAGUGUGCGUGCUUGUGGAGUUCGAGAUCUGGGUGGUAAUUUGAUGGCUAGGGCCAGAUCGUCGUCGUCGUCGUCGAGCGGGUGGAGGUACUGUAACCCCUCGUAUUACUUGAAGAGGCCCAAGAGGCUGGCUUUGCUCUUCAUUGCCUUCGUUUGCGUCUCUUUGGUGGUGUGGGAUCGCCAGACUCUUGUCAGCGAACACGAGGUAGAAAUUUCAAAGUUAAAUGAAGAAGCAAUGAAGUUGCGGAGCCUGGUGGAAGAGUAUAAAUCUAAACAUGGGGAUGUGGUUGAGAGACAUGAAGCUGGUGAUUCAUCCAAGAAAGCGGCUCUUCCAGUUGAUCCCAUUGAUGAUGAACGGAGGGAGAAAGUGAAAGAGGCUAUGCUCCACGCAUGGAGCUCAUAUGAGAAAUAUGCGUGGGGUAAUGAUGAGCUUCAGCCACAGACAAGGCAAGGUGUGAACAGUUUUGGUGGCCUUGGGGCAACUCUUGUCGAUUCCCUUGAUACGCUGUAUAUUAUGGGACUGAAAGAGGAGUUUCAAAGGGCAAGAGAGUGGGUUGCAAAUACAUUGGAUUUUGACAAGGAUUAUGAGGCUAGUGUUUUUGAGACAACCAUAAGAGUUGUAGGGGGACUUCUGAGUGCUUAUGACCUUUCAGAGGAUAAAGUUUUUCUAGAGAAGGCUAGAGAUAUUGCUGAUAGGCUUCUUCCUGCAUGGAAUACUCCCUCUGGGAUUCCAUACAAUGUUAUCAACUUGGCACGUGGGAAUGCACAUAACCCUGGAUGGACUGGGGGCAACAGUAUCCUGGCUGACUCGGGCACAGAACAGGUGGAGUUCAUUGCUCUUUCUCAGAGAACAGGAGAUCCAAAGUAUCAACAGAAGGCGGAGAAUGUCAUAGCUGCACUUAACCGGACCUUUCCAGAUGAUGGUUUGCUGCCCAUAUACAUUAAUCCUCACAGUGGGGCAUCUUCUUAUUCAGCCAUAACCUUUGGUGCCAUGGGGGACAGCUUUUAUGAAUAUUUGCUCAAAGUUUGGAUACAGGGGAAUAAAACUGCAGCUGUGAGGCCUUAUAGGGAAAUGUGGGAAAGAUCAAUGAAAGGUUUUUUGACCUUGAUUCGAAGAACAACACCAUCAUCUUUUACAUACAUCUGUGAGAAGAACGGGCACUCUUUAACUGACAAGAUGGAUGAACUAGCAUGCUUUGCCCCAGGUAUGCUGGCCAUGGGAUCGUUUGGAUAUGGCCCAGAGGAGUCGCAGAAGUUUCUGUCUCUUGCAGAAGAGCUUGCGUGGACGUGCUAUAACUUCUAUCAGUCCACUCCAACAAAAUUAGCGGGCGAAAACUACUUCUUUCAUUCUGGGCAGGACAUGAGUGUGGGUACAUCGUGGAACAUACUCAGACCAGAGACAGUUGAGUCGCUCUUUUACCUCUGGCGCUUGACUGGUAACAAGACCUACAAGGAAUGGGGUUGGAAUAUAUUCCAAGCCUUUGAAAAGAACUCUCGCGUAGAAUCAGGAUAUGUCGGGCUCAAAGAUGUUAACAGUGGAGUCAAAGACAACAUGAUGCAAAGCUUCUUCCUCGCGGAGACACUUAAAUAUCUCUACCUCCUAUUCUCCCCCUCUUCGGUCAUCUCCUUGGACGAAUGGGUGUUCAACACAGAAGCGCACCCCAUUAGAAUCGUACCAAGGAAUGACCCGAUGAAUCUUGCGAAGCCGGACGAGCAACAGAAGCCGACAAUUAAGUUGCGCAACCGGAAGGCGGGCCGAUCACGAGCAGGAGAUCACUAAACAGAUGUCCCAGGCAGGCAAACCGGUCGAGCCCGCCGGUCCGUAACUUUUGGUCGCCCUACAGUUCGGGGGUCACCAUUAGAAGAGGAGAACAUUUGACGUGGUACUGAUGAGUUAAAACGGCCUCACGGCGAGGAUAGCUUAAUGUAUAGGCUAUAGGUUAUUUCCACAGUCAUUGUUUUUUAGGGACAGGGUAUCUCCCUAAUACCUAUACAAGUGUAUUUUUUGGGUGAGAGGCCCAUUUCUAACUCCGGGAUUGAUCUGCAACUCCCUUUUUCUAUCCCAUCAGACGGUGAAUUUUCCUUUCUAUAUUGAGUUUUGACAGAUUUACAGUAUGUAAUGAGGAGCAGGUGAUUCUCAUUGAUGUUUUGCCGGCGGCUUGGUUGUUCUUGCUAUUAAAAUCU